UUCAUUAUGUUUUAAAAAUAAAAAACAUAUAAGCAUCUGCAACUUAUGCACUAACAUAUGGACCCAGAUAAAUCAAAGGUUCUUCUAUACGUAUAAUCCCGGGCAACAAUACAACAUGCCAUGUUCCUCCCUGAAUUGUUUGCAAGUCAUUUACAAGGGCUUAAGGCAAACAGUCCACCCUCGUUUGCCACCCCUCCUCCCCCAAGCUAAUCUUGAACAUAUGCAAGACAUAGAGUGUCGGACAUACAGAUUGAGAAACAAGGGUCUGUUACUUUUUAUGAUCGAACUUCUAGAGGGCACUACUUACAGCACUAUUGCGAUAAAUAACUUGGCUGCCCUGUAUACAACAACUGACGAAAAAUCUGUGACCGAAGAAAAGUGUCUAAAGUUAAUAGUUUGCAAAAUAUCUAAGCUUAAACUGUAUAUGUAAGCUUAAAAAACUUUCUGAUAAUUAUUUAAAUUUAAUUCAAACGUCAUGACAUUGCUUUUACC